UGAAUUGUGAAUGAGGGUGAGAUUAAGCCUGUUUCUGGGUUUCCCCCUUGGGCGGGCUUGUCAAGAGAGCGCCGGCGGAAGGGCCACCGCGCUGUGGUUCUUUCCAUGUCAAGGAGGCGUUGAAGUGCGAGCGGCUCAGGGGAGCCAACAGCAGCUUCCCAAGGGGGGAAGGUGACGCGUCAGGCAUGAGGCCGGUCGGGCACCAUGAACUCUGUAGUGGAAUACGAAGGAACGAGAGCGGGUUACCGGUGCGGCUACUGCGACUCUGCCCGGGGGAAAAUGUCCAGCGGCAUUUGGGCUCAUUCACUGACUGCCCAAGACUACCAAGAUCUUAUUGACAGAGGAUGGCGAAGGAGUGGCAAAUAUAUUUACAAGCCUAUUAUGAAUCAGACAUGUUGUCCUCAAUAUACAAUAAGAUGCCAGGCUUCACUUUUCCAGCCUUCCAAAUCACAUAAGAAGGUUCUAAAGAAGAUGCUGAAAUUCUUAACAAAAGGGGAAAUUCCUGUAGUAGAUAGUGAAGUGGAACCCAUGGAUUCUCACACCAAAGAUACUGAUGGCUGCAGGGUUUUUUUAGAAGACAAACCAGACACCAAUCAGAGUGAGCUAAAACCCCUCAAUACUGAUCAUUUGGAAAAGGUGGAGAGUGAAGAGAGAGAAAUAACUGUGAACAAAGUGGACUCUGAACAUAUUGAAUCUUGUAAUGAGAAAGCUAAUGCCAAUUCCAGCAAGCAAUUGGAGUCUGCUAAAGUUGGUCAUGUGGCUCCCAAACCAGGCAAAGGAGCUGACUUGAGCAAACCACUGUGCCGUAAAGCCAAGGAGAUUCGAAAAGAACACAAAUUACAGAGAACUCUUAAGAACCAGACACAGAAUUCUGCACUGCAAGCCAAGGCUCAGAUUUUGCUUGGUCAGAGCUCGAAGUCUAAAAUAAAUCAGCCCAAAUCAAUGGAAGACUUCAUUUUUGCCACCUUACCUCCUGAAGCUACGCACCAGUUAGAGGUGAGGCUGGUGCAAUCAUCUCCACCAAGUUCCCAGUUCAAAGCCACAUUUCAGGAGUCUUACCAACUCUAUAAACGUUACCAGAUGGUUAUUCACAAGGACCCACCUGAUAAACCAACUGCCAGUCAGUUCACAAGGUUUCUCUGUGAAUCUCCACUUGAGGCAGAAAAUCCACCUGAUGGUCCAGAUUGUGGUUAUGGUUCUUUCCAUCAGCAGUAUUGGUUUGGUGGGAAGAUAAUUGCUGUGGGUGUAAUUGACAUCCUUCCAAAGUGUGUGUCCUCGGUGUAUCUCUACUAUGAUCCUGAUUAUUCUUCACUGUCUUUAGGGGUUUACUCUGCACUAAGGGAAAUUGCUUUUACUACGCAACUUCAUGAAAAGGCCUCUGACCUACGCUAUUAUUACAUGGGGUUUUACAUUCAUUCGUGCCCUAAAAUGAGAUAUAAGAUCGAUUAUGACUUAUGGCGACCCUAUGAAUCGGCGACCUCCAGUAGCAUCUGUCAAGAACCACCCUGUUCAGAUCUUGGCCAGUAUAGACCGUCUGACUUGUUGUGUCCAGAGACAUAUGUCUGGGUACCCAUUGAGCAGUGUCUGCCGUCUCUUGAGCAUUCAAAAUACUGUCGCUUCAACCAGGACUUAAAAGCAACUGAUGAAGGCAAUGUGAAAGAACUGGAUCAGGUUUGGAUUCUGCAUAAGAGAACAGCCAUGCGUUACAGUGUGUAUAAGAGAAGGAGAAAAGGGCCAAGCGAUGAAGAAAGUGUUCGGCGAUAUGCAACUCUGGUGGGACAAGCGUGUUCAGAGCGAAUGUUGCUCUUUAGAAGCUGAAGUAUUGAUUCUGUGGGUGUUCUUCAGCACUGUCUUAUUGCACAACUGCUGAUUGUAUGUCCCUGCAGUUUAGUGUUGAUAUGCUUCUUGAAAACUGAGAUAUUUUAUGCUUAUAGAAAUGAAUACAUUGGCUUAUCUUAAAAGAAAAUACAAUUUUUACAUCUUUAUAUCAAGGGUCUGGCAGAAUAUAAAGACCCCUUGUUUUAUUUCACUGUCCUGUUUUCCUUCUUGCAUUCUGAGCAAUGUGCAUGGUGUGAAGUACAUAAGUGAUUGGAACACAUUUUUUCCUGUAGGGCGUUGUAGAUAUCUAAUAAGGAGAAUAUUUAAAGUUACUUGGGUGCUGAAAUGUGUAAAAGCUAUAGUGAAAUGUGUGUAAUUCCACAGAUGGCUCCUAAAAUGUGCAGUUGCAUGCUAGUAUUGUUCCAGAACCCAGUUAAACUAAGGUGUCUGGAAUUGAGCCUCUUUCUGUCCUAUUGAAUUCAAUAGCAAAAUCCAGCUUAAAUUCAUCUGGACUGCGGACUUUAUAGAAUCUGUACUAUAUGACAUAAUAUAAAGCCACCUAAUGUUAAUCUAUGCACUGUAGCUCUUAGAUAUCCACUGCAAAAUGUUUUGUUUAAAUAAUGUCUAGUAGUCUUUACAAACCAAGAAGGUUUGAGAUGAUAUUUUGUAAUUAAAUUGAUAUGAAAAAUAUUGGAAUUGAAGCCAAGGGUAGGUUUAUGGUCAAAUUACCAAAGAGAUUACUUUAAAUAAAGCAGCAGUUUGCAUGUUG